GCCCAAACAAGACAUCAUCACAAUCGUUUCAAAAAGCUCUAAUCGCCAACAGCAGCCUUUUCGCACCCAAGCAUGCCUCAACUCGUAGUUGCACUUCUUUUCUCUUUAAUCUGCUGUUCUUUAGCUGGGCCAGCAAUCGUUCCAGGAACUUUCCCAGGACAAGUUCCAGUUCUAGCAGCUCCAGAGCCACCAAAGCCUUACGAAUACGGGUAUGAGUUCGGAAAUGGACUGGGAAUGACUCAACAUCGUCAUGAAGUUGCUGAUGGUACUGGAGAAGUCAAGGGUAACUAUGGAUACCUGGAUCCCAUUGGAGUCUACAGGAGAGUUGAGUAUACUGCUGGAGCUGAUGGGUACAAAGCUAUCAUCCACAGCAAUGAACCAGGGCUCUCAAGCCAAGCUGCCGGUGAUGCUCUUUACGUGGUGGAACUACCACCCCCCGCUGCUGUAGCUCAAGGUCUCCGAGCUGCUGCCGCACCAGUAGCAUCACUUAAUUAUGUAUAAAAUCUAAUUAUGUUUUUUGUACAUGAAUAAAAGCGAUUAGAGCAAU